UACAUGAACGCGAAACACAUGUGACUUAACAGCAUCAUUGAUUUGUUCCCUGUAGCGUUCAUUUCACUCUGCAUGAUGGAUAGUGAGAAAGCUGUGUUUCAUAUGGUUGUGCUCUUUAUGAAUGUAUUAACAUCAAUAUGUAGAGGCGAGCAAAUACGACUUUCCCCGGAAGUUUCCGAAUUGGUGAUAGCGGAGGGAAAUCGUCUACAGUUGGAUUGUAUCCACGAUAAUAAUAAAAAUGCGCAAAGUGCAUACUUUACGAAAAAUGGAGAAAUUGUCACACUAGACAACGACGAUGACUACAUGAUUACUAGCAAGUCACGAAUGAUAAAUGCAACUAUAGGGACAAGGCAAACAAUAAAGACACUAGUUAAAGACAGCACGGCUCCAACUGACAAUGGUGUAUUUGCCUGCAAGUCCGGAAACAUUGAAGCCUCCAUCAAUGUCAUUGUAUUCAAAGUUACUCGCGUAAAUGCUCUUUACCUAGACAACGCAACUGAGGUAUGGCUAGGAUGUGCUUUGGAAGGGCUAAGUCCUGGAGUUCCUAUUGAUUUUUAUUGGUACAGGCAGAAUGGUGCUAGGCUCCACGGCGAUCGAUACAACAUAUCAAACAAUGGGACACUACGCAUCGAAAAUCCAACACUUGCCGACAUCGGACCAUACAAUUGCACGGCUAUGUUCUAUCCACAGACAGUUCAAGCGCAAACAAUGUUCCUCACGUCUGUCUAUCUGAAUGCUGGACCAAGAAUACACAACAUUGCAAGCACCAAUCAAAGGCCAUUGACACUUAAAUGUAAUGUAGCCGGUUUUCCGCAUCCAAAUGUCACGUGGGAACAGGAUGGGAACCAAUUAAAUAGCACUUUUGACUCCUUGUACGUUAUGCUGGGAGAAAGUGUUGUUGUUUACAAUCAGAACUACUCUGGUACAUAUACAUGCCUUGCAAUGAACGAACAUCCACCCUACAAUGCAUCAGCUGACAUACAUAUUAAAGAUGGUCAUUUCACUUCUACGGCUGCAGGUGGAAAAGUCAAAAACAUAUUCGAGUUGUUAGCCAGCAUAAUCAUAACUUAUUGUGCAAUGUUGGAGGUGCAAUAACUUAAAUCUAUUACGAAAAUAGUGAGAAAUGUAAUAUUUUAUAAUUAUUUAUUUGAAACAUUCCAUUCACUUUCAUCCUUUCAUUUUAUAGGCUUAUCAUGAAUCAUGAGUGUUCCUGUAUGUCAUCAUUUUACUUAUUAUUGUUGAUAAUAUGAAGAAUACAAGUAUUUUUUAGUUUUUUCUUGCAACCAUAUCGAUUGGCUUCUCACACUAACUCAAAUCUUGUGGUUAAAAUUUUCAUGUUCCUUGUUUACACAUCUGGCUGACCUUCUCCUUCCAGUUUUGCCACUUUGUGUCGAUCACCCUUCUACUCGGUAUGCUUUCGCAACCCUUGACAAAUUUUGCUUAAAUUAUGAGUUAUGAAAAAGUAUAAAAGCCUUUUGUUACAAUCAUAUAAAUUGACUUGGUUAGGUCGCCAUUUCAUGUGUUCAUGCACACUGCUAGCUUUUUAUCUACUGGUAAUGCUUGAACGGCUAUUGUUUAUUUCUUCAAGAGAAAAAGGCUAAUUCUUAAGAAAGCUGUAAACUGUAGCUUCUGGUCAAUUUCAAAAAUUUGUAAUAAUUGGUAUAACUAGAUAAUAUUUCUGUACAUAACUUCAUGCAUGUUUGGGAAUACAACUAGUAGGUUAGCACGUUAAGAUCUACGUAAAAAAGUCUUGAAUAUGUUGUAGAUAGACUUGUAUUUUGAUGUAGCCGAUAUGAAGCUUGCACCAAAAUGUCCUUCAUGAUAAUCUAUACUGAUUUUUUUUUAUUUUAUUCGUUGAAGUCAUAAAGUAAAUGUGAAAUUCAUUCAUGACAUUUGAAGAUAUACUGGUGUUGAACUAAACUAUUGCCCAAAUUGAUGUGAUAUUUAGGCUGUCUUUCGGCCCCAUUGUCAUAUUGUGAUGAUAUUUACAUAUUAAAUACAUUUUUUUCGCACAAA